UGCAGCUGCAUGUGGGGGAGUGAGCUCUGUGGUGGGAUGAAAGUGUGAGAUUAGCUAAUAUUUUUGCAGAAAAUGUUUUCGCCCCCGAGUAUUUUUGGGAGUGGGAGACAACAUCAAGCAAAUGGAACAAUAUCGGAGAAUGACCUAUUUUCAACGCCACUAAAUCUACCUUAUUGUGACACACUGGACACAUAAAGGUGCUUUCGGUGGCUUUUGAAGAUGCCAACUGGCACAGAGCUUUAGGCUGCUUGACAAAUUGUGUUAUUUUGAUAAUAAACACAUAUGCUUUAGCCUCCUUAGACCUACAUUCUAUAAUAAUGGAACAUUUGCAGAUUGCGUAGCCUAUUUUUUUUUAAUUAAACUACAACAGCAUUUUCGCCAGGACACAAUUCUCACAAGCGGCUUUCAGAGACACAUGCGAGCUGUUCGUUCUGCUGCCUCUGUCGAGGAUCUGCCCUUCCGUCAUUUGAAACAGGGACGGCAUCCUGACCCUUCGUUGUGUGAAACGAUACUCGGGCGAUUCCUGCUGUCCGAACAAUCUGCGGCACGGCGCUGAGUGGGUCACUAUCUGCAGGGAGAGGGAGGAGGACGAGCACGAUGCCCGCUGUCCCCGCAUACUGUACAGCCAUGGAGCCGUUACCUGAGCAGAACUGCACCAUGUCGAAAAAGAGCGUCAUAGCUCAAAUCUUCAAAGUUCGCAAGAGAAGACAGAUGCUUUUCGUUCAAGUCUGUUUUAUCUGCAGUAUUUUAUCUUUGACGUGGUGCAUGUCCGCCCUGCUCACAAAAACAGGACAUGGUCUGGUCCUGGAGCAGGGGCUGGUUGACACAACAAACCGUCUGGGACGCAGGCUGAUGGCCGUGGACGGAGACAAUGACACACUGGAUAAGAACUGCACAGAGCCAGCCAUCAAUGAGUUCCCUGAGGAUGUCUUCACCACCUACCAGCGCACCAGAGGAGCUGUCCUGCUGCACAUAUUUGCGGCCCUCUACAUGUUUCUGGCCUUGGCCAUCGUCUGUGAUGACUACUUUGUGACGUCAUUGGAGAAGAUCUGUGAGAAACUGGACCUAAGUGAAGAUGUGGCAGGAGCUACUUUCAUGGCUGCUGGCAGCUCAGCACCAGAGCUGUUCGCUUCAAUUAUAGGUGUCUUCAUCACUCAUGGAGACGUGGGUGUUGGAACCAUAGUGGGCUCAGCGGUGUUCAACAUUCUAUGCAUCAUCGGUGUGUGCGGAAUCUUCGCUGGACAGGUAGUAUACCUGACUAAGUUUGCAGUGUUCCGUGACUCGCUCUACUACACCCUGUCUGUGUUGGCAUUGAUUGCAGUCAUUUACGAUGAGAAGAUAGUGUGGUGGGAGAGCUUAGUGCUAGUACUGAUGUACUUUGGGUACAUUCUGAUCAUGAAAUUUAACACCAGCAUCCAGAACUAUUUCACAGGGAAGGAAGACAAGAGCUUGGCCAAUGGUAACACAGUGAUCAGCAGCGAGCUGGAGGAUGGUAAUGCUUGUUAUGACAGUUACAUGUGGGAUGAUCCGUCCAAGCCGUUACUCUCUCCAGGUAAAGUGAAGCCCACUAAGAUGUACAGUCGUGGCUCUGUGGUGAUGGUGGAUGAGAUGAUCAACUCCAGCCCUCCUAACUACAGUUUCCCAGACGCCGGCCUGCGCAUCAUGAUCACCAACCAUUUUGGCCCCAAGACACGCCUCCGCAUGGCCAGCCGCCUCAUCAUCAAUGAGCAACAGAGGUUGGUGCAGGCGUCUAACGGUGUGGACAACGAAACCAUGGUGAUCACUGAUGGUAAACCUGAGACCUUGGAGAACGGCACCGUACCAGAGGACAAGACUGCAGAGGAAGAGGAGGGAGAAGCCCUGAACUCACCCUUCACCAUCCCUGGGGGCUGCAUGGAGAAGGUGAAGUGGCUGAUCUCCUGGCCCAUCCUGUUGCUGCUCUACUUCACUGUGCCAAACUGUGCCAAGCCUCGCUGGGAACGCUUCUUCAUGCUCUCCUUCUUCCUCUCCACCGUGUGGAUUGCUGUCUUCUCCUACUUCAUGGUCUGGAUGGUCACCAUAAUUGGCUACACUCUGGGCAUCCCUGAUGUGAUUAUGGGCAUCACCUUCCUGGCAGCUGGCACCAGUGUCCCCGACUGUAUCGCCAGCCUUAUUGUUGCUCGUCAAGGUCUUGGGGAUAUGGCGGUUUCCAACACCAUUGGUAGUAAUGUCUUUGAUAUCUUGGUGGGACUGGGGCUCCCCUGGGCGAUACAGACCAUGGCUGUGGACUAUGGCUCUGAGGUGAUGAUCAACAGCAGAGGGCUGCUCUACUCUGUGGUGCUGCUUCUUGGCUCUGUGUUUCUGACAGUUCUGGGGAUCCAUGUGAAUCAUUGGAAGUUGGACCUGAAGCUGGGUGUGUACGUGCUGGUGAUGUACGUCAUAUUCCUGUGUUUCUCCAUCAUGAUCGAGUACAACGUCUUCACCUUCGUCAAUCUGCCCAUGUGUCUGGAGCAGCUGUAGGACGGCCACUGGACCAGAACGGAAGUCCCUGCUGAGUUAUAGACUCAAACAGCCCUCUGGAUCUAAACUUAAUCGCUAACUAACACAAUCAUUUCUAUAAUUUUACAUUUCCACAUACACUUAUUUUACACGCUCCUUCCCCAUUCCAGACGUAUUUGUCUGCCCUUACUAUACCCCUUUCACAUUCCUUCACCAUCUAUCCAUAAUGUACAGUUCCCUAGAUCUUUACAUUCAUCCACAAUAUCCUCUGUCCCCCAAACCACACUACCUACACAUGCUUUUGUGCUGUCAAUUAGAGGAGGAGAUACGAACAGAGCCGUAUGGAUUCUCCUUACUAACUCAGAGGAACGGAUGGCUAUUCUGUCUUUCCCUCUUUCACCAUCAGAAGGAAAGAAACACAGCUCACCUCUAAACAGAACCCACCUGGUUGAAACCCUCCUAGUCUCUACAAAAUAAUCCUGGACCACCAUGACACUACCUUCCCUCCUCUGUUUGUAUCUCAUCCGGUCUGGGAGUUUUUUUUUGUCAGGCAUCUAACCAUCCCUACUAAAGAAAAGGACCCAAGCAGCCCUCUCCGUAUAUUUAUGAAUUCUUCAUUUAUUGCCAUUUUGAUUUAUUCUAUUAUCGUCUUUCUUUGGAAGGAAAACGAACAUACAUUUCAUGAACAUAUUGCACUUUAGAUGUUUCGUGUGAAAAUAAUUAGAGUAUAUAUAUGGCAUAUAAUAUAUUAUAUUUUUACGGUUCAACGUUCUAGUUCCUCCUUUGUGUGGUGCAGUAAGGAGAGAAAGGGAGAAGGCAGCAUCCUCUUUCUCUCUGGCAGGGAGUGGCGUGUCCAGGGGAGAACCUGUGCUUCUUCUGUUUCUGGACACUCUCCAACUGCAAGAAACUGCUGACCAAGACAAGACUGACAUGCCAUGUUCUGUAUUUGAGUGUGAGUGGAAGUAGGUGAGAGAUUGCAAGAAAGGGAGGGGGAGUGUCUAUUAGUAUUCAGCUCCACUGUGGAGAGGAGAAAACCUCUUGGGAGACUGUGUCCCCCUUGGUGCUUGGUGGAUGAGGAUUUUACAGAUGGCUUGAGUGUACGGGGAACGGGACUUGGGCCCUUUGGCUGAGGAAAAGCAUGGAUUUAUUUUGGCAUACUGUUGGAGGAUCCAGAGCCAGGCUCGUACGCCUGAGUCGUGUUGAUUUGUUUAAAAAGAAAAAAAAUGCAUUGUGUAUUUGAUAUCUUCAGCUCCUAACAAGGCCAAGUCUUGUACUCUGUUCAGUUCCCUCUCCUCCCUGUGCACCAGUCUGUCUGUCUCAGAGGGCUGAAGAGCUGCUGCUGCCCCCCAGUGGUCUAAACAGAGUGGAUCCCUAUGCCACUGGCUGUGGUUGCUAUGGGAGUGAGUAUUAUUGUGACACAAACCAGGAAGGAUACGACCAUGACCGGGACCAUGGAUGGGGAUCUGUGCUGCACAAUGGCAAACUUAUUUAUGUUGUGUGUGUGUUUCUGUAAAUAUGACCCGACAUGCACAAGCUGAGGUCCUCUCGUUGUGAUCCCCGUGCUUCUUUUCUUCUGCCAGUCGGGCAAGGUGGGAUGCAGUUCCUGCGUAGAUAUUUUAAACUGCUUCCUUCUCUCCCCCUUAACCUGCCCCAAAUCAUCCUUCUCCUCCUCCUGGCUCUCUCUUUCUCUGUGAUUAUGUCUUCUCUAAAUGCAUGAUGGGACGCGAGGCAGUGUUUAUUUAUUGCUCCCCAGAGCAGAAGCUUAGUGGGAUGGGAUAGGAUCAUCACCCUGUUCGUCCAUCCGUCGACCUCCAAAUAUUGGCAGCUACGAGUCGAGUCGCCCUCUGCCCAUUUGACUGACUUCUUGACCUCGUUAUGGGUCGUGUUCAUCAGGGCACACAAAGGAAAACGUUUUGAAACUAAAAGGAACAUUUCUUAUAGGACAAGUCUUAAGUAGUUGCUCCCCGUUUCAGUCAGUUUUCUUCUGUUUGGUGCCUAAUGAACACGAACCAGUUCAGAGGUUACUGUGGGUACAGAGGGUAGAGUCUGUAUCGGUGUCAGUCGUGAGUGUGUAGGGUGUUGGUGGUGUAUCGGUGUUGAAAAGUGUUGUCACUGUUUUCUGUGUUGAAAAGCAGACAUUGGAUGCAGUGUGUGGUAUAUAUAAUAUAAACACAUGUAUGCAAUCUCAAUAAAAAGAGGACCAGGCAAGGACGAUACAGCAUAUUAUGCAUUAAAAAUUGUUUUAUUGAAGAUGCUGAAGGCAUUCAUACGAUACAAGUACAAGCAAACACUUAUGCACACACAAACACACAUGCACUUGUCAAAUGUUUACUCCAUACUCACACAUGCUUACGCACGCACGCACAGACACACACACACACACUAGUUUCUGGUGCAAUAACAAAUGAACUCAACCCUGUUGUGUUAUGUAAUAUAUAAUAAAAUAUGCUAUUUAGCAGAUGCUUUUAUCCAAAGCGACAUAGUCAUGCAUGCAUACACUUUACAUACGGGUGGUCCCGGGAAUCGGACCCACUAUCCUGGCGUUGCAAGCGCCAUGCCGGGAUGGGAGCUCUACACCUGUAUUUGUCUUGUGCAACUCUUCUGAACUCCAAGGACAUUUUGAAAAGUAGUCUUGGAGAAAGUGGCCAUAUCUUUCACUUUUAAAUCUCACUUCAUUUAUUCCAUUCCUAAAACAUGUCAUGGCAAAAUCAUUUUUUUUUGCCAUGGGUUUUAGUUGUUGUUAUUACAUAUUAACUAAGGGAUGUGUAUUGUGUAAUUUUAACAAUACAUUUUGAAAUGAAUGGAAUAGUUGAUAUCUUUUAAGUUUCAAAAUGUAUUAUCACUAGGUGGGGAUGAGGCUCUCCUGUAGGGUCAGAUCCAUGUUGUCGGUAAACACUGCACUGCACUAUACUGAUGUUGAUUAUAGCUCUGUAUGCAUACAGUGUCAUAUCUCACUAGAUACCCACUGCUGUUGUUUACCUUUGUCAAAGAGAACUUGAGUGGAAGUGACCACAAACUUGACUGCACUGCAGAGCAUGCAUGAACACAACACACACAUGCAUUCACUUGUUCAUUGCACUCACACACACACACACACACACACACACACUCUCUUUGUUUCUGUUGUUACAUACACAAUUAUGUACAACCUCUUGAGUAAAUGUGACCUGGUUCACUGUGAGCGAAGGGUCAUAAGGUCAUUCAUCCAAAUUGAUAAAGACCUUUUGGUAUGGAGUUAUUAAGAAAACAACUUCAAUUUAAGACAUUGGUGUGUAACUUGAAUGUAUUUGUCUUGCUAUAAGUGGAUGUAUCCAACCAAUGCAUUUUACUGUAAAGCAAUAAUCAUCAAAAUAUUUUAAAAUAAUUCUGUAUAUUGUUAUAUGAAUCAUGAUUAUCUAAAGAAUCAAAUGGUGGACACAUUAAAUAAUACUGUUCAUAAAUGCC